UCGGAGAUAUUCCAUAUUAAAGCAGUCCGGCAGUCAGUCCGCUCAACAAAAUGUCAAAGCCUAACAUGGUUUAUUACAACUUGAAAUGUAAAAGGUUUUAAAUUUCCUAUCCGUACUUUGUUUAAAUUCGUUUGGAACUUUGGACAGUCGCGAUUGUCACGGAUUGUGCAUCUAUAUCUUUGACCUAAUACAGUUGAUCGCAUGAUGGAGGAGGCAGAAACUGAACCUGUUCUGCCACCAAAGGAGGUUUUGUUGCUCGUUCAGGAUCGGAAUGCUGGCCAAAGCAUCACCAAAGUUGCUCUUUCCACACAGCAAGAUCUGAUCGCGUACGCCACUGCCAAAGGAGAAGUCAACGUUUAUAAUAACGACUGGAUGAAAGUUGCCAACUACAAACCAGUAAAUUUCCUCUCUGGCGAUACCGUGGCUUGUAUGACUUGGCGUCCCGACGGACGAGCCUUAGCCAUUGCAUAUUCCAGUGGGAAAAUCGUAAUAAAAAAUGUGGAAACACAUGAGACGACCGUGGAGUUGAAUGUUGACGAUAAAAUCGAAUGGAUUGAUUGGUCGCCACCGUUUUGGACACCAGAGGAGAUGACGGCAAUGCAGGAUAAGCGGCAAUUUGAGGAUCACAUUGAGCGCUAUGUCCAGGAUGUUUUUGUCCCGAAAACAGCAAGCCAAACAAGCGAAGCUAGCAAAGACCGGGAACGAAUUAAUCCGACGUUGCAAAUGAAAAGCCAAAAGACAUUGUCUAUUCUGUCAAUCGUUACAUCUUCCUACAAUCUUCAUAUGUACGCCUAUGGAUUCUUACCCGUGGCAUUUGUGGAUCUCCAAGAAUAUCUGCCAUGCAAGAUUGCCCAUAUGUGUGCUUUCCAUUUGAAUAAAAAUUUUGAAGCCGCGGUGAUUGUUAUACGAGAUGAAACCGGCAUGUAUCAGGAGCUCGUCUACGAUACCUCUAUAAUUAAUCGCCAUUUCGAAGAGAUCGAAAUCUUAGCCAAACACAGCGAUUACUUGUGGUCAUAUAGACGAGCUAUCGAAAAUUAUUUUAAACGCUUAAGCUCCGUAAAGGACGAAAAUCGUCAGGAACUUGAGGAGAAAGUACGGAGUCUGUUGAAGGAAUUUGAACGAGAAUGCAGUCGCUCCCAAGAAAUACGUCCUGAUUUAGCUACACAAGAAUCCGCAGCACAUUUCCUGCUGGCUGCUCUAAUGGAGCAGCUUGUGUUGGGAACACUACAUCCGGCCUUGGAACAUUUCUUCGAGCACAUUGCUACCACGCAGGACCUGCUGAAGUAUGAAGCAGCCCUGGACCAGUCGUUAAAAACUUUUCGGGUCGAUGUGAUGCUUCCAUUACGCAAAGCGCUUGAAUGCUGUAUGGUAUCGCUUGUGAUGCUGGGCCGCUGGAUUGCAAACGGUGAACGCUUUGGCGCGGUUGGAGCAGUGGAAAGCCACUUCGAUCAAGUGCUUCAAAACUGUGCAUCUUUCAUGCUCAAAAUGUUUGAGCUCCAGUACAUGAUGGAAACGGAAUCUAAGCGCUGCUUUACAGCCAUUCAGUGGUUGAUUAUGCAGUCUGAAUAUAUUAACCAUGAAUCGGUGAGCACGGUGCGUCGACUGAGCGAAGAGGAUCUGGAUGACGUCGUAUCUGUGUUGCAAGACCUUUUUGGACCGCUCGUCAUGCCAUCAACCAAUGAUAUAGAGAUAAGCGAGCCGCCCGAGUGGCGGAUGAAGUUCUUUGGGGUCGAUGCGUACUUUCUGGAUAGUGAUUUGCCGGAACCGUUAAAUCUUAGUCGCAGUGAUUUCCAGCCUUACUAUAAGGAAUGGCUCACGGCAGAUUGCGAGGAUAUGCGAGGGCCGUUUCUGCAGGCGCACGCACAGAUUGCCUAUCGACCACCACCGAAAGCCCUGUACAUCCAUCGGCCAGAAAAAUCGGCCAAACAGGAGCUAAUGGCUUUCAUCAGUUCGCUGGAGUUAGCCUUUUUCAAUAUUGCCACUGUGGUGUCGCGGGAAAUCGUAAUGAUCCGCAAAUAUGACGUUUAUAAAGCGGACGGCCCAGAUGACAGAAUAAAUUUCGCCUAUAUUUAUCCUGUUGCCUGUGAUAAAGCCAACAACGAGACGACUCCGGCAAACAUUCCAUACAAAUCCGCUGCACAAAUUAUCUACGCUACCGCCCAACAUCCUGCGAAAAUUGUUAUUCGCCAACAUUAUUUACAUAAUACUGAUGAAGAGCAAGAUCUGGAGCUUUCGCUUACUGUCGAUGCCGGCACCGUGCAUUCUUCGAAUAAUCAGCCUAACGAAGCCUCCCCGGGUAUCAACCUUCUAGGAUUUAUUAGAACUCGAGCCGCCGACGUCCUUCUGCUAUCUGGUUUAACUGAUGGAGAAAUCUGUAUGCUUCCUUGUGAAAAACAGGCAUUUAUCGCCAGCAAGGAAGAAAGGAUUCUCAUGUUUCCGGAAAUCAGUUCGGCCAUGAAAAGCAUCAGCUUAACAUCGAAAAUGGAUUUCUUCUGUACCAAUGCUUUGGGAACAGUGGUAGCAUUGGUCAGUAAUGAUACCAGAAUACGCAUCUUUCGUAUUUCCGGCGUACCGGAUGUGGAACUUAUGGACGACACAGAUGUCAUUGCUCAAGAAAUGCGACCCGAUCUCAAUGCGGUACCAACUGUGUAAAUGGCAUCUAUGUAUAUGCACUGCAAACAGUUGAAUUCUGGGGGUAGAGUUCAGUAGCACCUGCCAUAAACUGUAGAAGUACAGUAUAGGCAGGCGACAGUAUUUGCAUGUGAAUUUUUCCUACCGUAGUUUUCUAAAUGCUAUUUGGGUCGUGCUUUUAUUACGAAAAAAUGGAAUAUGUAGAAAAACGUAAAAUGCUGGAUAGUGGUAAAAUAAAAUUAAGCAGUGGAAGUGUGAAUCGUUUGUUGCUUUGGAUUGUCUGGGUUCUGGUGAUCGAUGCAUUGUUUGGCGUGCACGUAGAAGCAACGUUAGUCGCUGGAUUAUGUUCAGACUCAGAUACGCCUGCGCCGGGGGACGUUAUAAAAA